AUGAUCGAGAAGCACGGCAGGAGUGGAAGCGUCCAUCGCGCGCUCGAGAUCUUUCGCGAGUUGGGAUCGCGGAGGGAUUCCUUCAGCUGGGAUCUGAUGCUCGUGGCGGCGCUUCGCAGCGAUCGACUCCAGUUGGCGCGGGAGCUCUUGGCAGCGAUGCCGAUCCUCACGCCCUGUUCGUGCUCCGCGAUGAUCACCGCAUUGGGUGAGUGUGGGCAUUUGCGAGAAGCCGAGCUCUUGUUUGAUCGGUUUCCGGGAAGGAAUCUUAUUGUCUGGACCGCACUGCUGGGUGCGUUUGCACGAAAUGGUGGCAUUAGCCAGGCAGGGGCUCUGUUUGAUUUGAUGCCAAUGCGAGAUUUAUAUGCAUGGAACACAAUGCUCAUUGCAAAUGCCAAAGCUGGGCAUCUUACAAAAUGUAGGGAGCUCUUUGAAGAGAUCCCAGAAAUUAGUAUUAUAUCUUGCACAAUAAUUAUUAGAGAGUUUACAGAUCACUCCUUUUGUUUGGAUUUUGUAGCUACAGUGUUUGAUCAGAUGAAAUACAGAGAUCAAGCUUGCUGGAACGCCAUGAUUUUUGCAUAUGCCGAAGAUGGUCAACUGUAUACUGCUAGGAAACUGUUUGAUUCUUGUCCCGGGCAUGACUUAAUCUCCUGGAACACGAUUCUUGCGGCUUAUGCUCGGGCAGAAAACCUUCUCGAAGCAAAAGGAAUUUUUGAUACGAUGCCAGAGCUCAACACGGAGUCCUGGAAUACAAUGCUCUGGGCAUAUGCCUUGAAAGGGCAUCUUGAGGAAUCUAAAUCCGUGUACCAAAACAUGCCGGUUCAUAGCCUCCGGUCUUCCACCACAAUGCUGGCCGCUCUAGCGAAUAGUUCCAAACAUUUGGGAGACGCAAGGAAUAUUUUUCAUCAACUUCCAUUUGUCGAUCUUGUCUCGUGCAAUGUAAUGGUUGCAACUUUGGCCCGUAAUGGAGUGCUCGAGGAAGCACGUCAUCUUCAUGGCUCCACACUCCCCGUCCAAGAUUCCUUCUCCUGCACGGCCAUGCUUGUGGCAUAUGCCACAACUGGGCAUUUGGGAGAGUCAUUACAACUAUUCCAUGGAAUCCUGUUCAAGGAUCUUGCCAGCUGGACCGCGAUGCUUGUCGCAUAUGCCCAGGAAGGGCAUCUCGAUCUCGCUAGAUCUAUAUUCGACAAAAUGCCGGAGCAUAGCCUGGUUUCGUGUAGCGCGAUGCUAAAUGCCUACUCGCAAAACGGGCAGUUUACCAUGGCACUGGAGCUUUUCUACGAGGCCAAUCUCAUCGUAGAUCAUGACAAUGCCUCAUUCUCCCCAAUCUUAAUCUCUUCCAGCAGCAGUGGCGUCAACACCAGCAAGAGAUUCUUCCUUUCCAUGAAAUUUGAUCAUAGCCUGGAACCCACAAAGCAGCACUAUUCUUGCUUGUUAGGCAUCUUUGCCAGGGCUGGGUAUCUUGACGACGCAAGAGAACUCUUGACGACCAUGGCAUUUGCGCCAGAUUCCCUGGAAUGGAGAUGCCUUCUAUCGAAUUGCAUUGCCCACAAUGAUCUUGCCAUUGGAUCCUUGGCGGCCGCACAGCUUGGUGGAGAAGAUGUGACUGCCUACACACUCUUUGCAAAUGCCCUAAACCAUACACAGCGAUAG